AUGAACUCAACCUCAACCUCACCUGAAUUCGAAAUGGAAAUCGAACCAAGUGGCUUUUCAAAAUCGAAAUGUGGUUAUUGUCAUUCAACAUCUCCAACUUCACAUCAAUUUGGAUUUUGGGGACAUGGACUAUCACCUCAGUAUUAUCAAAAACUUCUUAACGCAGGAUGGAGAAGAUCUGGUUCAUAUCUUUAUUUACCUUAUCAUCCUUCCACUUGUUGUCCACCAUACCCGAUCAGAUGUUCAGCAAAAUCAUUCAAACCUACCAAGAGUCAAAGGCAAACUCUCAAACGUUGGAAAAACUUCCUGAUCGGUCCUACAAGUGUCGAACAAGCUGGAUCAUCAUCAUCAUCAUCAAACAAACCGUUCGAUCUAAUCGAUCUUUUCAAUCAAGCUGAGUCUAAUCCAAAGAACCCAGACUCACACGAUUUCAAAAUCAAACUUGAGCCUGCCGCUUUUAGUGAAGAAAAGUAUAAUCUAUAUCAACGUUAUCAAGUCGAAAUUCACCAUGAUCCACCUACCAAAACCACCCGAUCAAGUUUCCACUCAUUCCUAUGCGAAAGCCCAUUCUCUUUGAUUCCCAUUCCAAGCUCAAAUAACCUUCCACCAGUACCAGGAGCUUAUCAUGCAUCUUAUUAUCUAGAUGAAAAAUUAAUUGGUCUUUCUGUUUUAGAUAUCCUUCCUGAAGGUAUUAGUUCAGUUUAUUUUAUUUGGGAACCUACUCUAUCAUCUCUUUCUUUAGGUAAGGUUUCGGCUUUAAGAGAAUUAGCUUGGAUUCAAUCUUGGUUUCAAUCGAAUGAAAAGUUACCUAAAUUUGAAUAUUAUUUUCUUGGGUUUUAUAUUCAUUCUUGUACAAAAAUGAAAUAUAAAGCAGAAUAUCAACCAAGUGAAUUACUCAAUCCUUUAACAAAACAAUGGCAUUUCUUUCAUAGCUGUCUUCCAAAACCAGAGGAAACAGAUCAUCCAAUCUUUGAAGACACAGAUCCGACAAUUCAACAAGAACGUCAAUUUGAUACUCAAGCAAUGCUUUAUUUUAAUUCACCCAGUACAACUCCAUAUCUUUUCUUAAAGAUGGAUAUUGAUACGUUGAUAGAACUUACAAAGGUUGCAUUAGGUGAAGAACUUUCAAAGGAAGUUGAGUGGAUUACGCAAUUUGAUGUGAUUCAGUGAUGACCAAGAUCAUGGCUUUUUUUGUUUUCAAGUCAUUGUAUUUUUAUUUUGAAAUCUAAAACCUACAUUAUUAUUAUC